UGAUUUGAGAUUUCCAUCAGAAUAAUGAUAAUAUUAGGGCACCACUUUUUCUUCCCAGAUUAGAAUAGUCUUUGUUGUGGAAGAUAUUUCCUGGAGUAGUCGGCCGCGAAAGUCGUACGUGAGUUGGUUGCUAACCUGGUCCAUAACGCCUGGGAUCACCCGGGGCUGACCCGAUCCCAGCAGCCAUGGAUUAGCGGAUUUGCAACUGGAUGGUGUGAAAUCAAUUCAUAAUUGCUAAAGUGUUACCUUCUACGUGCAGGUAGCGGUGCGUUGAGUGGCGUUCUCCACCCAGCUUGGGUGUAAAAUGAGACCUGUCCGCUGGCACGGAGACUCAGUGAGAGUGAAGAGUCGCUCAAUAUCGUCUCCCGUCCUCAAUCAUUAACGCCGUGUGUUCUUACCGAUCCUUCGCGUGGCUCACAAAUGGGUUUCCUACAAACAAAAUUUAGUCUAACGGCACCACCAACAGCAUUGAUGCAUAGUUUGCACGUGAUAGUUAACAUUGAUGAACCUUAAACACUGAGAUUUGGAGAUUACUAACAUCUCCACUAUUAGGUAUUGGGCUUGUUGACAAGUACUCUGCAAAGUUUGCGAGUGAAUUUUUAUAGAUGUGACAUGGUGUAUCAAGGAUAACAUCGAUCAUUGUUUUGCUGGCGGAAAUGACGACAGUCAGUUCCGUUCUCAGAAUCUUCUAUGACGUCACCUCAUGUCAUGACAAUUGCAAGACAGUGUAAUCCAGCUGCGGCAGCUGACGACACGCGCGCGGCAUCACUCCGACGACAGGAUAUCAACACUUACACCUUUUCAUCUUAAGUCGAUGCUGACGAACGGAUUGUGAUGUCACCACGCGGCCUGCGCUGAUUGGUGUUCCUGGCAGACAUAUAAAAGCCGGCAGCAACAACCAAAAACGCUCAGCUGCAGCCAGCUUUAAUUUGGUGCACAGGGUAGCAAGCGCAGUGGUAGAACAUAUUCAAUGCCCCCGUGCAUGCUAGGACAAGCAGAAACCCUGAGCCAUAGAAGACUUAUUGUAGGCAAAUAGUUAACAUACAUAUACAACACGCAGGAUGACCCUUUCCACGACGUCCCCUGCAACUGUGAAGUCCAACUCGUCGGAGGAACACUACAGGUCUCGACUGACGUGGGGAGAGGACGUGGCUAUAGGAUCGUAUCUCGCAGUUGUAGGGUUGCUGGCAAUCGUGGGUAACUCCUUUGUGUUGGUGGUGUGGUUCAAGAGGCGGAGGUCCAUGAAGGCCCCGGAGCUCUUUGCCGUAAAUCUGGCCGUUGUGGACCUGUUGAUAGCCCUGUGUUGCAACUCUUUCCAGAUCGCAGCGAGUUUCAACCACGGUUGGAUGCUGGGUGGUCCCGGCUGCCAGGGUUACGCCUUCUUAAGAACACAGCUUGGCACGACCAACAUCCUAACCAUCAUCGCACACGCACUGGCACGGUACAUCAAAGUCUGCCACACCAAGCUCAGUGACGAUGUCAACUUCACCAAUGUCCGGCGCACCCUCUCGGCGGUGUGGACGAUUGCCUUGUUCUGGUCAACAGCGCCGCUGUACGGCUGGGGAGCGUACUCCACCGAGCCCUCACGCAUCACCUGCGGGCUGGACGUCGACCAAGUGUCUUCCUCUGCUGCCAACCAGUCGUAUGUGUUCUUCCUGAAUCUUGUGUUUAUAGUUGCUCCAGUGGUGGCCAUAGCUUUCUCCUACAUCAAGAUUAUCCAGAAAGUUCGAGGCUCCCAUCGUAGAACGUUCGGCCGAGGCCGACGUGUCGCGAGAAAGGCACAGCUGGAGCGGAAACUUACAAAGACUGCCAUCAUGGUCGGGCUGGGGUUCCUAAUGGCGUGGACACCUUACGCCAUCCUCGGGCUGUGGAGCUGCUUUGCUGAGCCCGGGAGAUCGUCCCCGCUGUUCACCGCGGUGCCAGCCCUGUUCGUCCGGACUGCCGGCGUCUACAACCCCAUUAUAUAUCUCCUGCUCAACGACACGUUCCGCAUGGAGGCCUACGCCAUAACCACCGGCACCAUUCGAAAGAAGAUCACACGGAAGUUCUCGGGUACUGUCGUUGUCCUGAAGCUAGACGGAGACGACCCGGUCGUCUUCACGGAAGCCAUGCGGCGGCACAGGCGGAAGUCUAUGAGGAAAGUGUCCAGGGCUAAUAAAGAAGGAGGUACAGGUACCGGUACCGGCACUACCACGUACAACUGAGACAAGACGAUGACAAACCGACGGCAUGUUAUGUGGAUCCGAGCUAGGAAGACAAUCACAGAGCUGCCGUUGGCAACGCUAACCUGGUUCCAACGGAUUGCACCCUUUGCACGAACUGCCCAGGAUGUCAGAACCAGAGAGUCCCGGUCUCCUGGUGGCACACGGGUAGACGGAUGGUGAUGCUGCGUCGAUGGAGGUGUCGAUUCAACUAUCGAUUUGAAUGAAAACGAACAUCAGACACGGUCCCUGAUUGUCGACUCAUUUGGACGACCAUAGGUGGCUGUAUAUCACUAGUAUGUAGUAUGGACAUGUAGUGUUGGUCAGUUGUACUGGUUUGAAGCAGAGUUAUGUUGUGCAAUUGCUCAACCAGUUUUGCCGUGCGUAUUGGGUAUGUGUGGUACAAGACAGUGAUACACAUUCAGAUCGAAAUGAAGUGCUGCCCCUUCCCCUUGCUAUACUUGACAUAAUACAUGACAUAUACUUAAAUAUGUGGUAACGUUACACGUUCAGUCACAUCGAUGUGGUAUGUGACAGACAUCAUAUUGAUGUGCGGUCAUAAUGUGGAUUAAACGGGGUUCAAUAAGGGUGACAAACGUGGUGUACGUCGGACUAUGUAAUAGAAACGUCUCAACGUUUGUAUCUGCUGUUAUGUAAAUGCAAGAUGUUUUGUCAAGCUGGAACGCCAGAUGACGCUGUUGCUGUGGCAGUCCUGAUGGUGAUGUGAAUUGUGUUGAAUUGUUGUAUCCGAAUCGCGUUUACGAUCCACAGGCCAUCAUCUCAAUAACUGCAAUGAUUGCAUCAAUUAUAUCAGUGAUGACUGUUAGAACUUUCGGCGUGUCUUGUAAUACACAGUCUUUUUUUUCAUAUUCCCUUUGUCCACACAUCAAUAUUACGAGGUUUAGAUAUUCUGUCAUCAAUAGUCAAUACAUGUCAGCCCCGUGUUUAUCGCGCAUCAGUGUAGUUAUACAUGCAUCGCUUCACACACACACACUGUCCAUGUUCACCUGUCUGAUGUUUGGGCUUUUUUUCAAAUCCUAAAUCCCCCCUUGAUUUGCAUGAUUAAUGAGAAAAAUCUGUAAUUCCAGUGCUUUCAAUGAUAGGACUUUUAUACACGUUAUGUCUUCAUUCAUGGCAUGUGAAACGUUGACAGAUUAUUCAAAUCAGAAUCUAGUUUGCAUAAUUAAUAUGAGAGUGACAUGAUUCAAUCGUGGUAGUUGGUUGGUAUCACCAUGGUUUAACCUGUUUGGUGUCAUCUAUCUGUGACGUGUGUAAGUAAAUGAAAGGUGUACACAAUGAUGCAUAGCUUACGUAAAUGUGCAAGUCAUUUGCAUGAUUUUUGAUGAAUGUUAACAUGGCCUUUCGCCAAAUGAUAGGACUUCUACACAUACAAUAUAUGUAUUUUUUCAUGGAAGAGUCCAUUAAUGCACAGGGACCCUUUUUAGAUUCAAUUUUGUAUUGGGCUGAUUCUAUAACAGCCCAGAGUUUGAGAGUUUGUGUGAAAGUGUUUUGUAUUGGUCUAUUUUGCUAUUUGAUAUGUGUUGCGCUGUAAGAGCCCAUUCUUGCACGGGGGCAUUUCUUAAAUUCGUUUUUAUUCUUGCAGUUGCAAAUUAUACAAAAUAGGAGUAAAUUUAUAUAAUCAACGAGGAAAAUCUAUGAUACUGGUGUUUUUACCUUUGCCAGAAUGGCUAAGGUAAUAUUUUCGGUCCGGUUGUGUGCUCUCCCCCCGUUUGUGAGCAGCAUAACUCAAGAAGACUGCGACAGAUGCGGCUGAU